UUUACCAGUAGCAGAUGUUGUUGAUGGAGGCGUCGGAAGGCAGCUGGUCGCGACGUCUCCCAUUCUACUCUUCAAACACUUGUGAAGGACACGUCACUGGUCACUACGUGGAGUCAAAGGGCAGAGGGAAGAGGGGAGGAAGAGGACAGAGAGAGCAGAGGAGCUGAAAGCAGACGGAAGGAAGAUACGGCAUAAAAAUGAAUUGUUGGAGCUUAUCCCUGGGGUUGGUAUUGGGUGUGCUGGUGCUAAGAGAAGCCACUGCCCACACACACCACCUGCACAAUGCCCAGAAAGAGCGAGAGGCAGAUGGUGGCAGGACCGCACGAGACCACGGCCAUUAUACCAAUGGGGAACACAAUGCUGAUUUCGACCAUGAAGCCAUUCUAGGGAGUGUCAAGGAUGCUGAAGAGUACGAUCAACUCCCAGCCAUGGAGGCGAAAAGACGGCUGGAGAUCCUGCUUGUGAAAAUGGACCGCGACAAUGACAAACAUAUUGAUCGUAAGGAGCUCCAUUCUUGGAUUCUCCGCUCUUUCAGAAUGCUGUCAGAGGAAGAGAGUUCUGAGCGCAUGGAUGAGGUGGAUGAAGAUGAAGAUGGGUACGUCACCUGGGCUGAGUACAUUGCCGAGACCUAUGGCAUCAAGGAUCCCGAGGACCAGCAGCUCUUAGACCAGGAGGACCAAGUUGAGGAACAGAGGCUCUUGCGCGAGGACCGACAGUUAUUCAAUGCUGCAGACAAGAACAUAGAUGGAAGACUGGAUGAUAUGGAAUUCCUAGCCUUCUCGCAUCCGGAGGAGAGCCCCGACAUGCUUCCUAUUAUCCUGCAGCAGACGCUAGAGGAGAAGGAUACCAACAAUGAUGGUCUCAUCGACUUCCAGGAAUACAUUGGGGAUAAAGGCACUAAUCUCAAGACCAAUAUUUCAAAUGAAGAAGACCAAGAUAGGCGCAAGUUUGAAGAACAUGACCUUGAUGGAGAUAAUGCACUAAACAUUGUCGAAAUGCAAAGAUUUUUGAUCCCAACCAAUCUGGACAUAGCGGAGGACGAGGUGGAUCAUCUGUUCGCCGCAGCAGAUGACGACAAUGAUGACCUACUGUCCUUCUUGGAAAUCCUCGAUCACCACGACGUGUUUGUAGGCUCGGAAGCUACGGACUACGGCGAUCACCUGCAUAACCUUGACCGCUUUGAUGACGAAUUGUGAGGCUGUGAUGGGCAUCUCGCAGAUAGAUAGGCCUAGUUGUGAGAAAUGAAAGUAGGGAGUAGUUCUUCAUGAUGUUGGUCAGCGUCAGUGGGAACGGCAUGGUAGCUCUGCAAGAAUGAAGUGCUCCUGUGCUGAUACAGAGGUUCCUUGUGGGAAUAGUGUGCCACUUCCCCUUUUGUUGUUCGUGUUGUUAUUUCAUCAUGAAUUUUUCUGUGAAUUUUUAGUUAUGUAGUCCGGAAAGAAAACCUGUUAGUAAUUUAUAGUGCCUGUAUAUGCAUUUAUCAUUUGUUUGGGCAUUAGAAAAGGAAGUGUGAAUGUAUUAGUUACAAAUCUUGCUGUAUAAGCCACCUUGCAAGGUCCAUUGUGUGUGUUUAUUGAAAACAAUAUGCCUUUCUCAACCCUUUGAUUAAUCUUUGUUUUAUGAUAUUAUAUUGAAUAAUUGUUAUUAAUUUAUUGAGUAGGUCUUUAUACUCUAAAGAUUUAUGUUACUCUUCAACUUUUAUGCUAACUUGCCAGGAUAAUAUCUCUUUUGUAUCCACUUUGAAAGAUAAUUCUAGGGUGAUCAAGUCUAAUUACAAAAUCUAAACACAUUAGCGUGUGCAAUGAAAGCCACUCAAGACUUUUUUUUGUCUUUUAUAAACAAGCAGCUACAUUACUAUAGAAGAGUUUGAGGGCAACCAGGUUAGCUUAAAAAUAGUGUUGUAACAUUUAUGCUUUUGAAAUUUAACAUAGCGACAGUCUAAUUUGAGUCCAGUGGAUGUUUAUGCAGCAAGCCCUCAUACUCUGGGGUUUUAUGAUCAGGACAGUUCAGUCUAAUCAAUUCAGGUUUCCAAAAAGGCUUCCAGGGUGACAUCCUUCAAGAAAUCACGAGUCUUCUCAAGUGUCAUUCAGUGCUACUUGGCUUCUUAAGACUUUCUCUUGUAUAGAUAACAACCUCUGGCCCAUUCAUCAACACGCACAGCUGGAACAUUGAACUUGGGCCAUCUGUUGUGUGUCCUAUUGCAAAGAUGAAUCUCAGCUCACGAACCUUUUCAAUGCAUAUUUAGGCACACUGUUCAACAAAUCUUGACUUAAGCAACGACACAAUAGCUGUGUAGGUUUGACACGACUACCAGUAUUUAUUUUGCACUUUCACUGCCGGUUCUUUUUGUACUUUUUUUUUCUUCUUUGAUUUCUUUUUGAGACCUCACUUGUGCAUUUUCUAACUUCACUCUUGCACCCUGAAUUUGCAUUUGUGAGUGCCCGCAUUCUUGUGUUGUGCUUACUUCUAAUCAGUUAUUUUUUUUUCUAAUUUUGGUAAUGAUGAGUAAUGACUGUGGAAAGUAUUGUUUUAAAAUCAAAACAGAAGUUAUUUUUUUAAAACUAAUAACUCUUUUGUAAGUUAAGUUUAACAGAUUGCUUUGGAUAAGAUACUGAGAAAUAAUACAAAUGCCAUUAACAUGAAACUUACUUUGCAUAGCAAGGGUCAGUACAAUUCUGUUUUGAAUUUGUCAGAUGAUAAAGAAUAUGUUUAAGCAGAUUUCUAGUUCUACAACAAUUAAAUGGAUAAAAUAUGAUAAAUUUAACUUAAAUACAUGACUGUUUUAGCAUUUCCCAAGUCUGAAAAGCAGAAAGAAAUGUAAACUGAAAACUAGCCAAGAGCUUUGUACACAUGCUUUUAUUUCUAUUUUUUUGUAUCCAAGUGCCAUAUGUCCAGCUGGGCACUGGGCUUAAUAUAUUGUUUUGAUUUUUU